GUUCAAAUAUUACACCACGCUGUCCAUCCAUGGCCAAUAUGGUGUCAGAUGCAGAGCUGGCAGCGCUGAUGGCCCCAUUUCCAACUUGUACCUUGGGAUGGUUCUGCUUGGGUUUUCAUACCAAUGCAGCGCCAGGGCGUGCGCCAGGGCGUGCGCCGGCAAUUGCCCGCCUGCUCGAUGCUGCGCACUUGCUGCCCAAUACUUCUGCGACUACAGUGUCUCAUGUUUUGGCCCGUUUGCUAUCUGCAGUGCCACACCUCCUCACACUGAAGAUGCCAAGGUCCAUUGCUACAUACACGCCGGUUCUCGCAGCCCAGCAACCCGAGAUGCUCAUGAACGUCCUGGAGUUUGUGCCCUGCUCCGGCCCUUCUACGUGCGCUUGCGGGAGGCCUUUGGUUUUGUGGCGACAAGUCCAAGCCCACUGCUUCACCUUUGCGCGGGGCUUGGUUGCAGCACAAGUGCUUUUUCUACGGUGUGGCUCCUGGAGAUGGGACGAUGUGCCCGAAAACAGUCGUUUUCCUGACGGCUUUCACCGGCCUCGCCAUACGCAACCAGACCGUGCAGAUGCACGGUGGUUUUUUGCAACUCCAAGUGUGUGUUGGGAGAUCCAUUUCUUGCGUUUCAUCUUCGGAUGCAUGGCUCGUGGUGGCUUGAGUGCUUCGGCUUUCUAUGACAUUUAUGUCUCCUUUUGGUCCACCGGCAUGCAUGGAACUAUGUUUGCCGCGCGGGAACACUUUGUCCAGAAGCUCCUCUUCGCAAUUUUGGUGCAUCAGUCCAUGCUCCUGCUUGAAGCUUCCGAUGCUGAAGCCUUGUCAGGCUUUCAGUGGCAUUUGCGUCCUCAUCAUCAAGCCACAGACUUUCAACCUUUGUUGCGCAAACUCCGCGCAGGUUUUGAUUCUCUGAGUAUGCAACAUGUGUGCCCUUUAUUUGACAAAGUUCCUGCAUGUGUGAUAGACGGUAAAUGGUCCAUCCAGACACCUGUGUGCAACGAUCGUACCUCUGGACUCGUAUGGGAUCCCCAGCUUUGCCUCGGCUAUUUUGGCGGCUGCUGUUCUCGGCCAGCGCCUGGAUCCAAAUAUUGCCGAUUGCAUGGUGAAUGUCCAAUAGCGCCAGAAGAUUCUGGCAUCCAAAAGCACCGGGAGAAGCAAACCCAUGACAGUCUUUCCUUGCAGUACCUCUUUCAAGGUGCUUGGGUUGAUGCUGCUGCAGUACCUGUGGAGAAUCUGCGCGCAUAUGAGCUGACCUUGCUGCGACCAAGAGCGCGCGAAACUUUGAUCGAUGAGCCUGAGUUGCCGCGGCCUCAGCUGAUGCAUUUUGUUCCUUCUCAAUGUGCUCCAUCCUUCACAUUCCUUUCCGUUUUUUUGGGCGUGCCAUAUAUAGGUCACAAGGACGACCGCAAAGGCAUCUCUGAGACCCGUGUCGCCCGCAAGUCCAACGGCAUCUUGGUGGCCGUAUCGCCCUGCCUGCAAAUUAUGGCCAUCCGUCCUAUGUAUGCGUCAGAGUCUGUGACCCAAGUCGUGUUGUUGGUGCAACAUUUGCUCACCCUGUUCACUGCCUUGGCCUUUAUCAUCUACGACAAUGCUUGUGGAGCUGCGCGCACCGUGCGCAAGCGCGUGCGGGAUGGGGGACUACCUGUCGCAGUCCAGCAAGCUUGGCAACGCUUAGCCGCUUUGAACUGGGUGGUUGACAGGCUGCACCUGCGAUACCAUUCUGCUUGCCGGCAACCAUCCAGCCCUUGGUUUGUUCCUGCUGUUGAUCCAGCUGCGCAUCCUGACCUCCAUGGCAUUGACACUGAGGCUGCUGAGCAAGUCUUUCAUAUUGCUAGCCGCUGGCAGAUUGUCCUUUCUUAUGCUGCGCCUACGCACCAAGAACUUUUUCUGUUGCUCUUUGCUCGUGAGCACAAUGUGCGGCACAGUUGUGCGAAGGCUUGGACCACAUACUGCCAGGCCCAGCUUCGUCCAUCCGCUGCACCCCUGCUAGCUGCAAGCUCCAGUGGUGCUCACGGAGACGGCGCCUGCAGCGUGCCAAAACCAGUCAAAAAAAGAAAGCGCCAACCCACCGUCCAUUGUCAAGAGGAACCAGCUGCAAGUACGGAGACUUUAGCGCAGCCGUCCGAGAAACAGAAAAGUGACGCGGAAUUGCAACUCACCUCCGCUUCUCCCGAUGACCAAGUGGUCGUGAACCACAAUAGCUCCACAGUGCAUGCAAUCUCCGACAUCAGCACUGUGGAGACACGCUGCGGUUGGCGCUUUGACGCCACGGGGCAGAGGCCGCAGCGAGCCAAAGUGCUCAAGGAUGCGACGUUGUUUUGCUGCGGCUCUUGUUUCGCUGCACGAGUUCCUUUCCUGCGGCCUCGACCAUGA